AUGAACUUUGGGACAACAGGAAUCAGUCCAGGUCAAGAAUUACAACAGGAAAAGACUAGAAGAGAAAAAAGAGAGCAUCUGUUUCAGAGACUUCAUCUUGAGGGCAAACUGCAAAACAAACUGGAAAGAGAAGAUGUUCUUCAGAUAACUGCAGAUUCAUUACAGUCUCAUGAGUCUUGUGCUGAAGAGGAACUGUUUCAGACAUUCCUACAAAAACUACUGUUGAUGAACUACAGAGCAAGAUACAUCAAAACUAAAGAGACCAAAAAACAAGAACACACACAACACAAAGACAAUGACUCGUCUGAUGAUGAAGGUGAUUUUUUCAAUACGUCUUUGUCUAAUGAAGAAACAAGCAGAUCAGACCCUGUUCACCCGAUGGAUGUUCAGAUGGCCGUGUUUCAUUGUGCUGAUAGUUUCCUGAAGCAGCUGAUGGUGACUAAACUGUCACAGUGUCAGUAUGCUCUGCCUCUGCUUGUACCUGAUCCAUUCACACAACACAUUGAGUUUCCUCUCUGGACAUUCAGACAAAUCAACAAGAGCUGGAAGACAUUUGAUGAUGCAGGUAAAAUCAUCAGUAAAGUCCAGUCAGUCUGUAUGGCAGAAACUCCAAUGGUGUGUUUCUUCAGGAUUGACUCAGUGUCCUCAUCCAAGUCUCAUCUGAUGAACAGUCUGAUCAAUGAGAAACACAACACGUUCUUCCACAGGAACUGCCGAGGAAGCAGCAGAACCAGAGUACUGAUGGAUGGAGUGGUGGAGAUCGCCUGGUACUGCCCGUCUGGAAAAAACACGGAUACAUUUACUGACUGUGUUGCGUUCUGUAAUCUACAUGGAAAUGCAGGAGACCAUGAGAAACAGCUGCAGAUCCUCACUGAAAUGUCCUCAGUCAAUGUUGUUAUUCUACCACAACUAAACAAGAAUGACAAAAAUAUGACUAAAGUUGAAAAACUCUUCAAGCACUCAAAGCCGCUCAUUUGCCUUUUUACUGAGGAUAAAUUUGCUGUAAAUAAGAAAAAUAAAACAAAAUACAAAAUUGGUUUGAAAGACAGAAAUCAGUCAGAUGUGUCUGAAGAACUCAGAAGAGCUAUAAAUGAUUGUCUCUCAAUCUCAUCUUCAGAAUCAUCUUCCAUUUUCAGACUUGAAGAUGUGUCCAAACACUCAGAUAUCAGAGUAGAUGAAGAUGAUGAUGAAGACUGCAGGAGAGGAAAAGAAGCAGCACAGCAGAUGAUGAGAUUACUGGAGAAUAAAGAUCUGACAGAAAAUAAAGAAUCAUUUCUGCCCCGUCCAACCUUUGGUGUGGAGCACAUCCUGAGAGAGAUCGGUCAGAUCUAUGAAUCAUGUUCAUCAGUGAAGAAGAACAAGGAAGGUCUGCAGUUUCUCUUCUCUUCUCUCCCGAGUCUUGCAGCAGAGAUGAUGAUCUCUGGAUUUCCUCUGGAGCUGAUGGAUGGAGAUGCUGCUCAUGUUCCUCUGAUCUGGAUCUCUGCUGUUCUAGAUGAACUCAUCAGGAAACUGGGAGAUCAGAGAGUGUUUGUGCUGUCAGUUUUAGGGGUUCAGAGCUCUGGAAAAUCCACCAUGCUGAAUGCCAUGUUUGGACUGCAGUUUGCCGUCAGUGCUGGCAGGUGCACCAGAGGAGCUUUCAUGCAGCUGGUCAGAGUGUCAGAGGAGAUGAAAGCACAGCUGAAGUUUGACUAUAUUCUGGUGGUUGAUACUGAGGGACUUCGUGCUCUAGAACUGGCUGGAAGAUCAACGAGACAUCAUGACAAUGAACUGGCCACAUUUGUUGUGGGUCUUGGGCAUCUGACAUUGAUCAACAUCUUUGGAGAAAACCCAUCUGAGAUGCAGGACACUGUUCAGAUUGUUGCUCAGGCCUUUCUGAGGAUGAAGAAGGUCAAACUGAAUCCCAGCUGCAUGUUUGUGCAUCAGAAUGUUUCAGAUGUCACAGCUGGAGAGAAAAACAUGGAGGGAAGGAGACGACUGCUGGAGAAACCGGAUGAAAUGACAAAACUUGCUGCUAAAGAUGAAGUCUGUAAUGAAGAACGUUUCAGUGAUGUCAUUGCAUUUGAUGUUCAGAAGGAUGUGAAGUAUUUUGCACAACUCUGGGAGGGCAGCCCACCCAUGGCACCACCAAACCCAAACUACUGUGAAAAUGUUCAAGAAUUAAAGAAAACAAUUCUUAAACAGUCCUCAAAAUCAGAUGGCUUGAUGCUGAAAGACCUGAAAGGUCGGAUUAAAGAUCUCUGGGAGGCUUUACUGAAUGAACAUUUUGUGUUUAGAUUCAGAAAUUCUCUGGAGAUUUCAACAUACAGGAAACUGGAGACCGAAUACAGCAAGUGGACCUGGAGUCUCCACAGUGCCAUGCUGGAAAUUGAGAACAAACUACAAAACAAAAUAGAAAAUGAAACAAUUCAUGAGGUUGAUGAAUCACAUCUUCAAAGAGAACUGAAAGAGAAAAGUGAAGAAGUGAAAAAAUCAAUGUCAGAUUUCUUUAAUGAAGACAAAGAUAAAGAAAUACUGAUUCAGUGGAAAACUUCAUUUGAGAUAAAAAUCAAAGAUCUUCAAGAAAACAUUGUGAGAGAAACAAAAAGAAAAUUAAAUGAGAUUCUUCAACAGCGAGAUCUGAAGAAAGAGAUUGAUGCUCAGAAGACACAUCAUGAAAACACUCUCUUUGAAAAGAGCAAAACACUCGCCUUAACACACAAAGAUAAAGCAAAUGAUGAAGAAACACUGAAGAAAGAGUUUGAUUUUUGGGAAGAGCAUGUGAAGAAGAUCAUCAGAGACACUGAUCCUAUCAAAGACAUUGACAUAUUAAGAGAUGUGAAACAACUCCUGAGUGAAAUCUAUGACAGUUCUCCUGUAGAUCACUGGAUGGAGAACAUGGAUAUUUUCUCUGUGCCGAGUUAUUCAGAUUAUGUGCAGUUAAAGAUAUCCAGUGGAUUUACAGGACCUGUUAAAUUUGUACAGAAAUUAGUCAGUGAAAUUGCUCAUGAGACAGACAAAAUGAUCAUGACAUAUAACAUUUCAAAGAUGGGCUACAACAAAAGCUACAUUCAAGAACUAGACUAUAUAAAGUCAAGACUCAUUGAUCAUCAGGAAGGACCAGUGAAAUAUCUGUUCAAGAAUGAAUUCUUCAUGGAUUUGGUGCUUUCUGUCUGUAAGAGAUCAAACAAGACUUUCACUGACCAACACAAACUGUUCAGAUACGCCAAUGAUCCUGUUCUCUACAUGGAGAAGAAGAGAGGAGAGUACUUCAGUGUUUUCCAGAAAUAUUGUAAAGGUGCAACAUCAGCUGCUGUUUUUGGUGAGAUCAUCUGUCAGAAACUGAAAGAUCCCAUUGAACAGAGUGUCUACAAAAACACUGCCAGAGAUUUAGCAGAUGAAAUGAGAACAAACUGUGAAUCACUGAAUGGAAACAGAUCAAAACUGGAGAAACACAUCCUGAAGACACUGGCAGAAGAGGAGAACUUUGAAAAAUACAUGAACUACAUUAAAAAUCCCAGAGAUCACUUCAAGAGUUUCAUCAGAGCUGAAGUCAGUCAGUACAUCACUGGUAAGUUCAGUGUCAGUGUUUGGCCCAAGAUGAUGAAGAACAUCAAACUCCUGCAGCUGAAGAUCAUGAAAGCAGCUCAUGAAUCUACUGAACAUGUUCAAGUGAACAUGAACAGUGGAGAUGUUGAUUUGUGGUUGAAGUGUUUCACACAGAAGCUCUCAGAUGUGCUGAUAUUCUCUGUUAAAGACUUCAGUGGAGUGAGUCGUGAUGAUGUUGAUGAUUUCAAACUCUUAGAAGAUGUGAUGAGGGAAACAAUCCCUCCAGUAAUAUCUGACAUAAGCAGUAAAUUCAGUACAGAGACUUUUCCAGUAAUUCUGGACUGUAAAUACAGACCACAUGAGAUUCUGAUUUGUCACUUCUGUCAGUGCUGUUGGGUUCAGUGUCCUUUCUGUAAUGCUGUCUGCACCAACACAAUACCAGACCAUACUGGAGAUCACAGUGUUCCUUUCCAUCGAGUGAAUGGACUGAAAGGAUGGCAUUAUGAAGGAACACGGGAUCUCUGCACUGAUUUUUGUACAACUUUAGUGACAAGUGAUGAAUCAUUUAAAUCAUCAGAUCAGGUGUUUCCAUGCAAAGAAUACAGAACAGCAGGAGGUGUUUAUGCUAACUGGAGCAUCACUCCUGACGUCUCUGAGCUGCCGUACUGGAAGUGGUUUGUGUGCAGAUUCCAGAAAGAUCUGGAAAAUUAUUAUGAUAAAAAGUUCCAGGGCUGGGGUCAGAUUCCAGAUGAGUGGAAGAAGCACUCAAAGCAAGAUGCUACUGAGAGUCUGAAUAAAUACUUUUAAUAAAUAUAAA